CAGCCCUGGAGGCAGGCGGAGGCGGGUGGUGGGCAGAGAAAGGAAGGAAGAGGGAGCGUCGGUGUCGUCCUCUGCGCCGUGGGAUGCUGUCCGCCUGACUGCGCCAGUGCCUCCGCCGCCUUCGCCUCCUCCUCUGCUCCGGGGCCUCCGCGAAUGAAGAAGCUGCUCCUCUUGCUCUUCAACUACCGGGGAUUGGUGACUCGAGGCGGGGGACGCAGAGGGAAGCGCCGCCGAAAAUGGCCUCCUUCCACAUCCGCCCCGCCAGGCCCGGGGACUGCGCCGACCUCCUCCGGCUCAUCAAGGCGCUUGCUAAAUAUGAAGACAUGGAGGAUCAAGUAGUACUGACUGAAAAAGAUCUACUUGAAGAUGGCUUUGGAGAACACCCUUUCUACCACUGCCUCGUUGCAGAAGUGCCAAAAGAACGUUGGACUCCUGAAGGUUAUAGUAUCGUGGGCUUUGCCAUGUAUUAUUUCACUUAUGAUCCAUGGAUUGGAAAACUAUUAUAUCUUGAAGAUUUCUUUGUGAUGAAUGAGUACAGAGGCUUGGGCAUUGGUUCAGAAAUUCUGAAGAAUCUGAGUAAGAUGGCUGUCAAAUGUCGUUGCAGCAGUAUGCACUUCCUAGUGGCAGAGUGGAAUGAACCUUCCAUCAAGUUCUACAAGCGACGGGGAGCUUCUGACCUGUCUUCUGAGGAAGGCUGGAGACUCUUCAAAAUAGACAAGGAGUAUUUGAUAAAGAUGGCAUCUGAAGAGUGAAGAGUUUUGCAGAACAAUAGCAAAUUUUUCCAAUUGUUUCUUUUUUAAUAUUGUCUUCCCACCUUAUUUUCAAUGACUUUAUUUUGAAAUAGUUUAUUUUGAAAUAGUUGUAUGGACCCUGAUUCAAAAGGCUCAUUAUCUGGCAUAAAUAAAAUGGUGUGUCAGAUUUUUAGGACUCCAGUCUAACAGUUGGUGACAGUUGCAGAGUCAGUUGAGGUGCUUGUCUCCAUCCUCCUAUCAGUAUAUUUGUGAUCCUAAAAUGUAUAUUGUUUAUAACUUCGUUCUUGUAAGUGUCAUAAUGACACCAGUAGAGGUUUUGUAAUUAUUUUUGCUAUUAUUUUUGUUAUUAAAUUAUUUUUGCUCAUAAUAAACUAUGUUUUUCAUGUUAGUGACAAUAAAUUGGUAUCCUCUUUUAA